AGCAAGUGUACACAAACAAAAAUUAACUGCUCACGAAUCUCAGUUUCGACAGUCUAGACAAAUUUCACACGAGCCACAAGAAUCAACUGCAUAUAACUAUGAUUAGACUAUAUUGUACCGAAUUGUUGCUUGAAAUUAAUGAACCCUUGCGAUAAACAACAUAAACAUCAUUUAUCGAAUCUCUUUUUAAUGAUGGACUUGAUGAAACAAUUAUCAAAUUUUUAUCAUUUAUGUUGUAUAAAUAUUUCAGCUGACCUGAUUUACUGUGAACCCAUAAGACCUAUAAGAAGUUCAUCUAGUUCCCCUAUAGAGCUCAGUCAUACCAGGAAAAAACAAAAAAGAUUCUGAAUUUCACACGAAGAUUUAUCAUUCUUCUUCGAAAUAUUCAAAUAAAAGUGAGGAGGUGAAAGAAUUAAGAAGUUUAUCGGAAAUGUUUCUACAUGUGUGUGUUUCGUUGUCACAAAAGCAUCUUCAGGAAGAGCCCAGAAGAUGGGGAACAUGAUCCUUCCGGCCAUAAUUGGAUUCAAGGCUGCAGGAUUAACGUCAAUCAUUCUGUUCACGAUGAAAGUGCUGGUUGUGAAGGCGUUCAUGGUGGCCAAAUUCGCUCUCUUGAUUUCAUCCGCGAUCUUCGUGAAAAAAUUCUUCUUCCAAGAGCACCACCACGAGCCCACCUACGUGGAAAUAGAGCAUCAUGAGCCAGAAGCCCAUCCGAUGUUCGUCAGUAAUGAAGGUGGUAACGAAGGCCAUGGGACUUCCAACUAUUUAGCAUACGCAAACUACGUCCCAAGUGCUGCGGCUCAAACACAAGUAGUAAAUUAUGCAGUUGAGGCUCCAACGGCUAAUUUUUCUGGUGCUGGCCAACAGCAGAUUAUUGUUCCUAUUGCUGGAAAAAGGUCAGAUGAGAAGAGGAUACCGAAGCUACCGCUUUACACAAUCAGGAAAUAUACGGUCCAUAGCGCUUAGACACGAAAGAGGUACUGCCCUGCCCAGGGUCUAGAAAGGGAUUAGAGAGGAACAAAAUGAGUGUGUACACGAAUAUCCAGAGGUGCUAUAUAUUUAUUGAUACAAUAGUGAUAAUUAUCUUUUAAUUUAUUUAUUUUCUCAAUUUCAC